AUUCUGGAUGAAUCUUAUGCCCUCUUUCUUCAAUAUUAUAUAAAUAGUUAAUAAGGAAAUAAGAGGGACAUUGUGCAUCUCUCACAUUUGUCUCAUCUGUAAUGCAUAGGAUUCCUCACUUAACAAAGAUGGGGUUAUAAGCCGGUCUUUUAACAAAGGACACACUAAAAAACUAAAUAUUAGGAUGCUCACACGGUUCAGUUGGUUUUUUCCCUUAUAAUAAAGAGCAAGUGUUUGCUGGGCUUCCAACUAAGCACACACUUAAAAACAAGAAUGAUACUUGCAGUGACAUAUUUGUCUAUAAAGUUGCUUGAAUAUGCCAUCCAAAUUCUAAUAUUAUUUGCUUCCUUUGUUUAAGUAUGCUGGCUAACCAUAAAUAGGAACUUGGUCCUGACAUCUUUGUUUGGAUUUUGUGAGGAAAUGGAGAAAGCAGCAGAGGUAGUAGUAAGAUUUGGCAACGAGGAAGAAGAUGGUUAUGAUGCAGUUGUGGUGGGGUCUGGAUAUGGUGGUUCAGUAGCUGCUUGUCGGAUGUCAAUGGCAGGAAUUAAAGUGUGCUUGGUUGAGAAAGGCCGGAGAUGGGAAGCUAAGGAUUUUCCAACUAACAGUUUAAAGAUCAUAUCAGAUGCGAGGAUUGAAAAGAAGAGCUUGGGCAUUAGCUUUGGUCCAAAAGAUGCUUUGUUUCAGGUGUAUGAACAAGAUGAUUCUCUAGCAGCAGUGGCCUGUGGACUCGGUGGAGGUUCACUGGUGAAUGCAGGGGUGAUGAUUCCAACCCCAAUGCGUGCAAGAAGGAAUUCCAAAUGGCCAAAGGAAUGGGAAGAAGAUAGGGAAAUCUGUGAAGCUUCUGCUUCAGCCAUGCUGAGAAUACAAAGCAUUCCUGUCAAAUUUCCUAUUGCCAAAACCAUGGAAGAGAUAGCUGAACGAGAGAUUGAAGAAAGUUUCCAAAGGCCAAUGAAGCUAAGCAUGAAUUUCAGUCAUGAAGAACAACAAUUGGAUUCAAUGAAGCCAAAACAGAUGGGCAGCUGUUUAGCCUGUGGAAAUUGUCUUUCUGGCUGUCCUUAUAAUGCCAAAAACUCUACAGACAAAAAUUACAUCGAUCUGGCGGUUCAGGCUGGAUGCACUGUCAAAACAGGAUGCCAGGUUUGGUUUGUGGUAAAGAACCUAGAUGAUAUUGGCAAAGAAGAAGGAAGAAUUAGUAGAAAGACAAGAAGAAGAUGGCUUGUAUUCUUCAAUGAAACUGAAUAUGUUCCCUCUGAUUUUGUGAUCCUUUCAGCUGGAGUUUUUGGUACCACUGAGAUACUAUUCCAAUCACAAAUGAGAGGACUGAAACUUUCAGAAAGGCUUGGUUCUGGAUUUAGCUGUAAUGGGAAUACUGUUGCUUAUGUUGCUGGAAGCCCAGCACCCUUGGGUGCCUAUGGACUAGACAGUGAACAAUUGUCGAAGAUAUCUUUUCAGGAACGGCCAGGACCAGCUAUAUCUUCAUCUUACACUUCUUCUUUGGGGUUCACAAUCCAGGGUGCGGUGCUUCCAAAGGCUUUUCCAUACCUGCUAUUCAAAGGGAUCACAACAUAUGGAUGGCCACCCGGCUACUGGCUCUUACAUGGGAUUAUUGACAAGAUUAAACAUAUAUUAGGUCUAAAGUACAGCCAGGCCAUGGUACUUAAUGCAAUGGGAUACGAUGAGAGUGAUGGAAAAAUUACAAUAGAAAAGGAAACAAAUAAAAUCUGCUUUAGUCCACCUCAUGAUCCUUUACUCCCACGAAAAAUUAAGGCAUUUCAAAAGCUUACCAGGAAAUUAGGGGGAGUCCUCUUUAUGUCAAGGUACCGAAGCACAUCAGUUCAUCUCUUAGGUGGGUGCAAUGCAUCCUCGCAUCCCUCAGAUGGGGUUUGCAAUCCCAAUGGUCAGGUUUUUGAUCCAAAGUUUCCUACUUCGGUGCACUCAGGCCUCUAUGUUUGUGAUGCUUCAUUGAUUCCAUGUUCUGUUGGUGUAAAUCCUUGUCUUACAAUUGCUACAGCUGCCGAGCAUGUUAGUAAUCAUCUUGUGCAAGAUGUUCUAAAAUACAAAACCAGAAAAGACAUAGAAUUUCUGGGUAAAACUGUGGAACGAAAGCCUAGUUUGAUUCCCCAUUGGAAGUUAGACAGCAUCAUGGAACCAACUGUUGUGAUAAAAGAAACCAUGAGAGGGUAUGUGGGGGGUAUGCCAUGCUCAGCCCACCUCAAAAUGAAGAUGAACUGUUGGAAUCAGAAUGGAUUUAAUGAGCCCUGUCAAGUUUUGGGUGAGUCUCAUCCACUUCUAAGAGGAAAAGUUGGUGGCUAUGUUGUAUUUAGAUCUGUGGAGAAGGAUAAAUUACAUGUUAUAGAUGGGGAUGUUGAUAUGUGUGGAGUAGAUUAUAGAACACCUUACACACAGUAUAUGUGCUAUCGUCUCCUCCUUUCAGGAUCUUCUGGUUCAAGAUAUAUUCUUGAAGGUAGGAAGGUAAUGAAUCCUUAUCUCUUUGCAUUAUAUGCAUGGACGGAGUCAAUGACAAUGCAUGUGACAUUCAAAAAAGUUGCUAAGAACAGUUCAACAGAUCAAAUGAUGAUUUUAAGAGGGGAACUUUGUAUUUCAACGACAGAGCUUUUGAAGAGUUUGAUAAGCCUGGAAGGAAACAGGAAAGGAAAAUUUAUCUGUCUCUUCUUACAGAGUCUUUUCAGAACCUAUAUCACACAAGUACCACGAGGAAAUCAUGAGGACUUCCCCAUGUCUCAUCUUUACCAGAGACCUUAUCCAGACAGUACACUUCAUGAUAUAAAAACAGGAGAUGGAUUCAUCAUCAGUUGCAGACAAUGGAAGUGUGGUCAAAAUCCAUGGGUGCCUGAAGAAGAAAGGAAACGAAAUCCAGUUCUCCUUGUUAAUGGACAUUCUACUGAGAGUUACUAUCUACCAACAGAACCUAAUGAUUUGAUUAGAACUUUACUAGAAGAAGGGCACGAAACGUGGCUACUGCAAACAAGAUUACACCCAUUAAAUCCUUCAAACAACUUCACGAUUGAAGAUAUUGGAAGAUUUGAUAUCCCUGCUGCUAUUGGUAAGAUCCUUGAGUUACACGGGCUGUCUGCAAAGAUACAUUUAGUUGCUCAUUGUGUUGGAGGCUUAGCCAUUCACAUUGCUCUAAUGGGCGGCCAUGUAACUGCAAACCAUUUAGCUUCCCUAUCUUGCACCAACUCCUCAAUGUUCUUCAAGCUUACUGUUUCAUCUAGAGUGAAAAUGUAUCUUCCUCUCAUCCCUAUAUCAAUGAUGAUACUGGGCAAGAACAAAAUCCUACCUAUCUUUAAAACAAUGAAGGCCACUCCAAGGCAACAGCUCCUGAAAUCCAUUGCCCAGUUUAUCCCACGGUGUGAGAGAUGUACUUGUGAUGAAUGUGAGGUAUUUUCUGGAAUAUUUGGAAAUACAUUCUGGCAUGAAAAUGUAAGCCCCAGCAUGCACCACUGGUUAAACAAAGUAAGUUUACCAAGGCUUCCCAUGGCAGCUUUUCCUCACCUCAGAAAAAUCUGCAACAAUGGUUUUAUCAUGGACAGCAAUGGGAAAAACUCAUAUUUGACACAUCCUGAGAGAAUGGCGCUCCCAACGCUUUAUAUUUCUGGUGGAAAGAGCCUGCUUGUGACUCCUCAGACCUCUUUUCUUGCGAACAAGUACAUGAUGUUGCACCAGCCUGGCUUUAGACAUGAAAGGGUGGUUGUAGAAGGCUUUGGACAUUCAGACCUAUUGAUUGGAGAAGAGUCUUACAAGAAAGUUUUUCCUCACAUUUUAUCUCAUAUGAGAUUAGCUGAAGAUGGAAGAAGAAAUGGUGGAGUCAGUGCUGAAGGUCUGAAGUGCAGUAAAGAGGCUUUGGAUUGGGGUGAUGAUCCAUCAUAUGAGGCCGGAUGUGAGGGGUUUUGGACUUGGGUUUCUCCUUCAGUUAAUGUUUGGUUGUUUCUGGCCUUGACAGUAUUGCUACUUUCAUUUUAUAUAUAAUUUUCGUAGGUUGAUAAAGAAAACUCAGGCAAAAACAAAAAGAAAUAAAUUUUCAAUCAUUGGUAGAGAGAAAAGGAAUAAACAAAACUCCUGCCAUACUAAGCCAAUUAUUUGAAUCCAGCAGAGUUGAGAGGAGGUCUUUGUGUGCUUGGAUUGGUUUCUUCUUCAAACAUUCUGUCUUGAAACAAGAAGACACAAUCAAUAAAUAAAUUGAACACAGUUUCUAAUGCUAACAUCUAAAAGGGCAACAAGAAUUAGGACUGUUGUGUCUCCAUAGGCGUAUAUUGAGUUUUUUGGGGUCAUGUAUUGUAUGUUGAAUGGAUGAUGACAUUUGUUUUUAAGAGAAGGAGAAAUUAUUCGUGUUCUUUAAGGUUUGUAUUCUUUAAAACAUAGAUUUUAUGUACUG